AUGGCAAAGCUUUGGUGCAAGGUAGCAACCAAGCUUAUAUCUAUCACUGGUGAAAUUUCAUGCAAUCCUAACAACAAUGGUGUUACCAAUGUUGGUGGUACCACCUUAGACAUUGCAGGAGCCAAUUUCAUUUUCUAUUGCUCGUCGAUUGAUAUUGCCAGGGUGCCAAUGGUAUAUGUAUUGGCUUAUUCAAGCAAUAGAAUACUUAUCAAUGUCCUCGAGCACAUGAAGGUUGAGCUGAUACCUCUAAUAACUAUCUUGUGGAUUGGCAUGUUUGCGUUUGUCACCUUGCUUGUUAAAGCGGAGAGGACGGAAGUGCAAUUGUGUGUAGCAUACAUGAGGAAAAUGGAGAAAACAACACAAGCCGAGAGAAAGAGCAUUAAGCAAAGCUUGGCCUUUGCGAGUGCUAACCAUGAUGUUCGCGGCUAUUUAGCUUGCAUCAAGGGCUUGACCGAACUCUCUGCUACUGAUCUUCCUCCCUCUUCUCAAGUUGCUUCUAACUUGAGGAAGAUAGAUACUUGUGUUGAGGAUCUUUUAUCAUUAGUGAAUUCCAUCCUAGAUUUCAGCAAGAUAGAAGCAGGAAAAAUGAAAUUGGAGGAGAAUGAGUUCAGUUUAGCACAACUUCUUGAAGAUGUAGCUGAUUUACACCACCCGGUUGCUAUGAAAAAGGGAGUAGAGGUGAUCCUAGACCCUUGUGAUGGUUCCAUCUUCAAGUACUCCCAAGUAAGAGGUGACCGCGGCAAGCUCAAACAGAUUCUUGGCAACUUGCUAAAUAAUGCCGUCAAGUUCACUUCACAAGGGAACAUUUGUAUCAAAUGUCAAGUAAAGAAGCCGAGCUAUGAGACCUCUAUUAUUGCUUCAAACAGGAACAACUUGUUAAACAGGUUGUCGCGCUUUUUCCAUGAGAAUAAACGUGCAUAUAAUGAUCUCGAAAACAUGAAGACAAUCAAGCAAGAUUCAAACUGCAUGGAGUUUGAGUUCUUGGUGGAAGAUACAGGUCCUGGGAUCCCUAAGGACAAGCGUCGUUUGAUAUUUGAGAACUUUGUUAAGUCAAAGAAAACUCUGCUGGGCAAGAUGGCACUGGUUUGGGACUAG